AUGAACACCACCCACUUUGCAUUCUCAUUCCAGCCCGUGCUGCUCAACGUCACCGAAGASCUCAACGACUCCGUCCUGAGCAACAGAAGCGGCGACGGGUUUUGCGAGCAGGUCUUCAUCAAAGCCGAGGUUUUCCUGACUCUGGGCAUCAUCAGCCUCCUGGAAAACAUCCUGGUGAUCCUGGCAGUGCUGAAGAACGGCAACCUCCACUCUCCCAUGUAUUUUUUCCUGUGCAGCCUGGCCGUGGCAGACAUGCUGGUCAGCAUGUCCAACGCCCUGGAGACCAUCAUGAUCGCCAUCCUCAGCAGCGGCUACCUCAUCAUCGACGACCACUUCAUCCAGCACAUGGACAACGUGUUCGACUCCAUGAUUUGCAUUUCCCUGGUGGCCUCCAUUUGCAACCUGCUGGUGAUAGCCAUCGACAGGUACAUCACCAUUUUCUACGCCCUCCGCUACCACAGCAUCAUGACGGUGAAGAAGGCGCUGACGCUCAUCGUGCUCAUUUGGGUGGCUUGCAUCAUCUGCGGCAUCAUCUUCAUCGCCUACUCGGAGAGCAAGACGGUCAUCGUGUGUCUCAUCACCAUGUUCUUCGCCAUGCUGCUGCUGAUGGCCUCUCUCUACGUGCACAUGUUCCUGUUYGCCCGGCUGCACGUCAAGCGCAUCGCCGCGCUGCCCGUCGAGGGCGUGCCCCCMCAGCGCACCUGCAUGAAGGGCGCCGUCACCAUCACCAUCCUCCUGGGGGUCUUCAUCGUCUGCUGGGCUCCCUUCUUCCUCCACCUCAUCCUCAUCAUCUCCUGCCCCAUGAACCCCUACUGCGUCUGCUACACCGCGCACUUCAACACCUACCUGGUGCUCAUCAUGUGCAACUCCGUCAUCGACCCGCUCAUCUACGCCUUCCGCAGCCUGGAGAUGAGAAAGACGUUCAAAGAAAUCGUGUGUUGCUGCUAUGGCAUGAGUGUGGGACAGUGCAUGCUGUGA